GGAGCAGAAGAAGGGAAGGAGAGAGAGUUAUUUUCGAUUUCUAAUAUUGGAGAGAGACCCAUCAUACUCAGAUCUGACGACGAUAAUCUGUUGGAUCUGCGAUUUGGGGGUGUGAAAAAUCCAAUUCCAAGUAAUCGAUGGACGAUUUCUCAGGCCUUUUAGGUUUGAAGCCGCAGGGAAAAUCAGCUCCGAUGGCGCCGUCUUCGUCGUCCCCAGCAAGGAACAAGUCCGAUUCAUCGCCUCUCUUCGACGAUCUGAGCGGUGGCGACGAUCUCCUCUUCAGCGAUUCGCGAUCUCAGACUAAGCCCUCUGAUUUUGACUACGAUGCGAUGUUCAAGGAUCCCAAACCUGUGUACGACAAGCCUGUGUACGACGAGGAGGACGUCUUCGAAUCGCUUAAAACCCCGUCGGGCUCUCAAUCGGCUAGGUUUGAUGACCUUUUCUCCUCGCAUUCGGUGCACAGGAAGAACAACUCCUCUCCUUUCGAUGACCUGAUUGGGAAUCUGAGCAAGCCGGAGAGUGAACGAGAUGAGAUAGGUAGCUCGGCUUUUGAUGACUUGAUUCCUGGGUUUGGUCGCGCUAGCUCCCCUCCAGCUAAACGGCCAACUUCAGAAACGAGUCAUUCUCAGAAGCCUCCGUAUAGGACAUCUUCCAAUCUUGCAGAAGAUCCAUUUGUGGUCUUGGAGUCUGCAUCUACCCCUAGAGAUCCUUUGGAUGAUAUUGGUCUUUUCAACAGCAGAAAGACUGAUCAUUCUUUUGCUGAUAUUGACCCUCUCGAUAGUCUUGGAAAAUCAGGGCCAGAUAUGAGUAGUAGAGACAAAAGUCACCUGAGACCAGGCAACGGCAGUGGCUCUCAGUCACCGGUGGAGAGUUCCCACACUGGGAGUUACCAUGGUAAGAAAGUUUCUUUCGAUGAAGUUUUGGAGCCGCAGAGUACUUCUGUUCCUCAUGCUACUGCUCCACUGUAUGAAAACAAAUCACUCAAUUCAGAUGGAAGUUUUGACUUAUCUGAUGAUGUCUGGCUUACUGUGUCUGAGAUCCCUCUAUUUACGCAGCCUACGAGUGCUCCCCCACCUUCCAGACCUCCACCGCCCAGACCUACACGUCCCAUGAAAAAGAAGGCUAACGAGCCUCACUCACAUGUUCGUACCUCAGCUAGAGCUUCUGUAAAUAGCCCUACAGCAUCUCAAAUGGAUGACCUUGACGAUUUUUCUAUGGGCAAAAAUCACACUGCUGCUAAUGGUGAAGAUUCAGAUGUUUACUCUACUGCUGUUGCAUCAGCUGCUGCCAUGAAGGAUGCCAUGGAUAAAGCAGAAGCGAAGUUCAGGCAGGCCAAGGAAAGGAGAGAGAAAGACAAUUUGAAGGCAAGUAGAAGUAUGGAAGGCGAUCCAGUGGACAAUUAUGAUUCUCGGGAAAGGGAACUUAGAGAAAAGCAAGUGAGAUUGGAUCGUGAAAGGGCAGAGAGGGAGGCAGAGAUGGAAAAAGCCCAGGAAAGGGAGAGAGAGGAGAGAGAGCGGAAAAGAGUUGAGAAAGAAAGGGAAAGGCUGUUGGCUAGACAGGCCGUAGAGAGGGCUACAAGGGAAGCACGUGAAAGAGCAGCCUCUGAGGCACAUGCGAAAGCUCAACGAGCUGCUGUUGGAAAGGCUAAUACAGAUGCCCGAGAACGCGCCGAAAGAGCAGCGGUUCAAAGAGCUCAUGCUGAAGCACGUGAAAGGGCAGCUGCAGGGGCAAGGGAGAAGGCUGAGAGAGCCGCAGCAGAAGCUAGAGAAAGGGAACUUUCUGUAGCACGGGAGAAGGAAGCAAAGGUUAAGGCAGAACGAGCUGCUGUUGAAAGGGCAGCUGCCGAGGCACGUGCAAGGGCAACUGCUGAGGCACGUGCAAGGGUAGCUGCGCAAGCUAAAGCUAAACAGCAAGAGAAUAACAAUGAUCUUGACUCCUUCUUUGACUCGGUUUCCAGACCAAGUAGCGCUCCACGACAGAGAACCAACCCUCUGGAUCCUUUCCAAGAUACAUGGAACAAGGGAGGGUCUUUCGAAUCUAGCAGACCAUCUUCGCGAGUGCCCUCUGGAGCAGCUGAGAACUUGAGGAAGACCUCGUCAGCAACAAACAUUGUUGAUGAUCUAAGUUCAAUAUUUGGAGCUUCAGCAACCCAGUCUGGUGGGUUUCAAGAUGUUGAAGGAGAAACUGAAGAGCGACGACGUGCCCGGCUGGAACGCCACCAGAGGACACAGGAGCGAGCUGCGCAAGCACUUGCUGAGAAAAAUGAUCGUGAUCUUCGAGCACAAAGAGAACAAGCUGAGAAAAAUAGAAUCGGUGAGACCUUGGAUGUUGAGAUAAAACGUUGGGGUGCGGGAAAGGAGGGAAACUUGCGUGCCUUGCUUUCGACUUUACAAUAUGUUCUUUGGCCAGAGUGUGGUUGGCAGCCUGUUUCAUUGACCGAUUUAAUUACCGCUGCUUCUGUCAAGAAAUUUUACAGGAAGGCCACUCUCUGCAUACACCCUGACAAAGUUCAGCAAAAAGGCGCUAAUCUCCAGCAGAAAUACAUUGCCGAGAAGGUGUUUGACAUGCUCAAGGAAGCAUGGAACAAGUUCAACUCAGAAGAACUCUUUUGAAAACCUGGGAUAAUGUUUUGUGAUAUUGUUGUUUCAUGUGCCGCAAGAAAGCAUGUUCAUUACAUCCCAAAAGUGUUGCCCAUGUUGAUGCCAGACACCUGUCGAUAGCUUAUGUAUUACCCAUCACUAUAGACAUCGCAGCAAUUGGGCAGUCCUAUUUUUUUUGUUGUUAAAUUUUUUUCCAUUUUCCUUAUCCUUAUUGAUUCGCUUCCUUUUUAUGAGUGUGUGCCAAAUGGACUGAUGUUGAUUCCUUGUAUCAAAACACAAUACCUGCGAAAGUUGUAUUGUUGUUCCAAGUAAUUAUGGUAUGGAGCCGAACUUAUAGCAGUUUGGCUUGUUUGUGUUUGUA